CCUUGCUGUGGGUACCGCCGACCUUCGUCCCUCCCCUCCUCCUCCUCCCUUGUCCCCGCACCUCGACGACGAACGCGAUACUCGUUUCGUUCAGCGAUGGCCGACAAGCGCGACGAUAAGGUUGCGACGGAGAAGCCACCGUCGCUCGAUGAGAAGACCAGUUCUCUCGACGUUGAGGAAGGCUCCAAGUACAUCGAUGGCUCUGAGGGCGUCACUCAGCACGAGUUCGAGACCCUCCGACACGUCUCUGACAAGUUCCCGCUGACUGCCUGGCUCGUCGUCAUCGUCGAGUUUGCCGAACGAUGGACAUACUACGGUACCGCCAAUAUUUUCAACAACUACAUUCGUGAGGGUCUUCCUCGUGGUUCGACCAACGGUGCCGUCGUCUUCGAGCAAGAUCGCGAUGGAGGUAUCGCUGGUGCUCUGGGACGUGGCCAAACCGUCUCUUUCGCUAUCCGAACAUUCAAUACCUUCUUCGUCUACAUUACGCCAUUCCUUGGCGCUAUCAUCGCCGAUACCAUGUGGGGUCGUUACAAGACGAUUAUGGUCUUCUCCCUCGUUUGCUUGCUUGGUCAUAUCGUCCUCGUCAUUGGUGCUACUCCUCCAGUUAUCGCCAACAACGAUGCUGCUCUGGCCGUUCUUAUCCUCUCGAUUCUUAUCAUCGCCAUUGGCGCUGGUUCGAUCAAGUCUAACGUCUCUCCCAUGAUUGCUGAGCAAUACACCGGCAAACUAAGGAAGAAGACGCUCAAAUCUGGCGAAACCGUUCUUAUCUCACCUCACGUUACGAUUCAGAGUACUUAUCUCUGGUUCUACGCUGCCAUCAAUCUGGGAGCUAGCGGCGCCAUCUCAGCUUCCUUCCUCGCUCGUGACCACGGUUUCUGGGUUGCCUGGCUCGUCCCUACCAUCAUCUUCCUGCUCGUACCCGGUGUUCUCCUCCUUGGCAAGAAGAAAUAUGUCGUCACUCCCCCUCGUGGUUCCAUUCUGCUUGAGACCAUCCGCGUUAUUCGACUGGCUAUGACCCCUGCCUGGUCGCUCAAUCCCGUCCAAACCAUCAGGAACAUCCGUGCUCCUGGCUUCUGGGAGAACGCGAAGCCCAGCCACUACCCACCUGGUCAAGUGCCCAAGAGCAUCACAUGGGACGACGAAUUCGUAGGCGAAGUCGCUCGUACCUGCAACGCUUGUGGUGUCUUCCUCUUCUUCCCCUUCUUCUGGCUCUGCUACUCCCAGAUCGACGGUAACCUGAGCACCACGGCCGCCGGAAUGACGCUCAACGGAACACCCAACGAUCUCAUCCAGAACUUGAACCCCAUCGGUAUCAUCAUCAUGGUUCCCAUCUUCGACAGGAUCAUCUACCCCUUCCUCCGUCGACGCGGUAUCGACUUCACACCCAUCAAACGUAUCUACGUCGGCUUCCUCGUCGCCGGUCUCGCCAUGGUCUACGCUGCCGUCCUCCAGUCCUUCCUCAACAAGCGCUCGCCCUGCGACAACAACCAGCCCUCCGCUUGCAAGCGCCCCGCCGACGACGGUAACGGUAUGGUGCCCGACCCCGCUGAUAUCAACGUCUGGGUCGUCGUUGGUCCCUACCUCAUGGUUGGAAUGGCUGAGAUCUUCGCAUCGAUCACGUCUCUCGAGUAUGCUUUCACCAAGGCGCCAGCUCGCAUGAAGUCCGUCGUCAUGGCGUUUGCUCAGUUCCAAACCGCCGUCUCCGCCGCUAUCAACUUUGCGCUCACCGCAGCCAACGCCGAGGAGAACUUUGUCUGGCUCUAUGGCUCCUUCGCUAUCACCGCCUGGGUUAUCGGAACGAUCUUCUUCUUCACCUUCCGACAACUCGAUAGGAACGAACAUAAGCUUAACGCCAUCGGAAAGGGUGAGCGUGCUGGCUUCGCUGAUGAGCGACCAGAUACUGCUGAGAAGUCAUAACGAUUUCUACAGUAGACUGUUUUGUUACGAUUCUUGUUCACGAUUCGAUAGUUUCUGCUUUUUAACAUUUGUAAUGCGUUGACACGUUCUGUAUGAAUAUCACGUUUCUUUCAAAACUGGAA